AUGCCUUCACCACGCGGCCAUCGUCACCACAGCCACAACAACUCACAAAAGGCACACAACCUUGACCAACUAGAACACAUUAUCGAGGAUGAUAAGCAACUCUUUUAUGACCUCGCCAAUAUCCACAACAACAACCAAAGCCCGCCAACAUGUACCCGCCACCCUCGCUGGAUCACCUUUGGGUGUAUCAUCUUUUCAGUCAUGCUCUCCAGUACGCUGCUCAUGACCAAGAACUGGCAAUCGCGGACCUCGGUUGGGCGUAGUGGCGGUGCGUUGGAUGGGGAGAGGGAGUGGAGGUGGCAGGAAAUGGAUCCUUGGAAGGCCAUUGCGUUAGCUGAGAUGGAGAACUCUAAGGAUUCGACGUCGCCAUCAUCAAUGCUACAACCACAACAGGGCCAGGAUCAGAUAGGACAGGGAUCGGAUGAUAGAACUUCACCAAGCGCUCAAGGGAUAAAGACAUGGGAUUUGAACGACCCUGCACUCGCCCUUGGAACAUUCCUGGACUCUCCCGACUGGAAAUCCCAACCACUCAUUCCAGGCGCCGAUUUCGUGAACCUCCUACGAGUCCUCCGACCAGUCGACCACGCAUUCUUCAUCACCCUCUUUGUCAACCAGUCGCCCGGUCGCCUGGAGGCUGCGCGAGAGGGGGGCAAGGGUAUGUCACCCAAGGCUUCUGCAAUACCAAUCCAUGGGCAGCAUGGAUGUGGGUCUUGGAUUCAGGAUUAUAUCGAAUACCAGAGUGCGAUCUUGGAUGGGACUCUGGCCGCACGGUAUACUGUUCAUGCCUGUUCAAGUGCAACGACACAUAUACCAUCGCAACAACAGGAACAGGAACAGGAACAUGAUCAGGAGCGGGAGAAGCAGCCGUGUGGGAAUGUGUUCUCGCAGAUGAUUGCCAUGACCUCGGCGUUUGCUUGGUCUGUCAAGGAGUCGAGGGGUUUCUUCUUGAGACCUGAUCAGAUCCGCAGGCUCCAGGACAGCUUCCGGUCACCCGUCCUCCAACAACAGUGGUCGUUUCCUUUUCCGCCCCGGCUUAAGGUAGCCAGCGCCGCCAAGGUCGAUACUGAAGAGAUGACUACUCAGGGCCUGGAGACUUUGUUUGGAUUGGAAGAUGCACUCUUCUCAGGGACAGAUGAUGGAACUGUGGAUCAGGCACAGGAUCGGUUGUGGGUAAUGAGGAGCAAGAGCAGGAACCGCGUCAGUUUUGAACGCACCCUGUCAGCACCCAACGACUCUAUUGUCCACCCCUACCAACCCUCCUCGCAACUUAAUCGUGGUGGCCAGCAACAUCCCAGCAAAGCUAUGAGCCCUAUCCAGGUGAAGAAACUAAAGGACGACCUAGAGUCAGAGGGCGUCGAACUCAUACUCCAACAGGAUCUGUUACCGCUCUUCGUCAACACCACCCACACCCUCGACCAAUUCAUCGACCUAGGUCUCCCUCUCCCCCACCGGAUCCUAGAAGACCACCAAAUACGCCACCAAUCAAAACAACAACACCCCACUGUGUCAUCCACUGUGUCAUCCACUCCAACGUCCAUCCGCGCCCCCUCCGCCCGCGGCUCCCUCUUCAGUCCCUCCUACCCUUCCCUCUCAUCAUCCUCAUCCAUCUCGCACAAGGCCAUCACAACUGCCCUCCACGCCGCAACCCACGACUCCCACGACAUCUCCCGGAUCCAGGCAGCACCCAAGACCUUUGGCUGCUUUCUCGACAUCCUCCUCCAACCACAACUCAAUCUCCAACAACUUAUCCACCCCUACGCCACCCUCUUCCAACUCCCUGCCAUCUUUUCCAUUGGCAUUUUUAUUAAAUCCGACCCCUCCACUUCCUCUACACCUACAACUCCUCAUUCCUCGUCAUGGAAAUCAAUGUCGGCGAAUCGCCAGAGAACAGUCGACAGGUACCUGACCUGCGCUCGUCAGAUCGUCCGCGAAUUCGCACCCAAACGCAAGGGCCAAAAAGUCGUCUAUGUCGUAGUCUCCGAGGACCCUGGGAUGGCCCGGGUCAUGGAGUCCCAGGAGGAGUGGGAUGAAGAAGUCAUCGCCCCCUCCUGGACACGUUACAAAGACCGGCACCAUCGUCAGCCUGUUCAACCUCAUCAAAACGAUCCCUCCACAGGACCAGGACCAGCACCAGAACCAAUGCAACUGACAAAACAACAGCAACAAGUCUUGGAGAACUGGGUGCUGAGCAAGACGGACUAUCAGGUCGUCUCGGACCAAUCUGAUUUCGCAAAGGUGGCAGUGUGGAGGACACGGCGUGAGGGACGAAGUGUUGUCAUUCGCGAGAACCCAGCUCUUGAACAGUUUAUGGCCUCUGGUGGUCAGGAUGAGGGAUAUGUCGAUAUGUUGGACUGUGGCAUCCUUCUCAACAACCUAAUCAACCGCGAUUAG